GAGAGAUUUAGAUUGUGUACAUAUUUAUUUAAUAAAUUAAAAUUUAAUAAUAAAUUCGUGCUGUAGUAGUUAAUAUUGAUUAAAUUUUAAUUUCACUUACUAUUGGCUAAGGUUCUGAAGUGUUUCGCAUUCAAUACUCGCUGUAGAAUCUCGUGAAGUGGAAAAAUAACUUGACCCAGUGGCUGUGGUUAACAUAAUGGAAAUAUUCGUAGAAAUUGUGUGAAAACGUUGGUGUUACGACUAAAGAUACAUAAUAGACUUUGUUAUCAAACGUAAAAACAAAUAUUGUUGCAAUAAAUCAUAAUUUUUAUCAUAUAAUAUUCAUACGUAAAAAUGCACUAAGCAUAUCUUUCUAUGCUCUGUUGUAAUUUUUAAAUUUCUCUGCUUAAAGUUUUAAUAACAUAAAGCCACCAGACAAAUACAUUGCACCUCAGAAUAGUAUAUUUGAUCGAGAAACGAAUGAAGUGCUCAAAAUAAUUUCCGAAAGUAUGUAAUGUUCAUUGGAAACAAAAAAAAGGCAUACUAAAAAGUUCUAAUUGUUUUUACUGUUUUUCGUCGUUAAUGAAUGAAAAUGGUUACGAUGAAUACUACGGAAAAGGCGCCGAAGCCCUGUCAGCAAGGUCCAUCAAGGAAUAACUCGAAGUGUGUUAAAGAAGAGAAAGACAAGGAGAAGCGAGAUAAUGCCAUUACUAACUUGCCACCGAGCGUCCAGGCCCUUAUGGCUGCAAUACCUUCACCCGAGGAAUCACCAAACUAUUUGAUUUACAAAAAGAUGGAAGCUUUGAUUGAGAAAAUGCAAGAUGAGAACACGGGAGUACCUGUUCGAACUGUGAAAAGCUUUAUGACGAAAGUUCCAUCGGUGUUCACCGGCGCAGAGCUGGUGUCGUGGCUGGCAAGGCAUCUGCAACUUGACGAGCCCUGGGAACCACUGCACCUUGCCCAUCUUCUGGCUGCCCACGGCUAUUUAUUUCCCAUAGACGAUCAUUGUUUGACCGUUAAAAACGAUAACACGUAUUAUAGAUUCCAGACCCCGUAUUUCUGGCCUUCGAACCAAUGGGAGCCUGAGAAUACUGAUUACGCGGUGUACCUCUGCAAGCGGACGAUGCAGAACAAGGCGCGGCUAGAGCUGGCGGACUAUGAGGCCGAAUCAUUAGCGAAACUCCAGAAGAUGUUUUCGAGAAAAUGGGAAUUCAUAUUCAUGCAAGCCGAGGCACAGAGCAAGGUUGACAAGAAACGUGAUAAGUUGGAGAGGAAGGUGCUGGACAGUCAGGAGAGGGCCUUCUGGGACGUGCAUCGACCGAUGCCUGGUUGCGUGAACACUACAGAGUUAGAUCCGAGGAAGCUUUCUCGUAUAAAUGCGCUUAAAGCUAAACGUCUCAAACAAUGUCAGGACUUGGUGCUGCAGAACAACUUGAAGAACAAUCCAAUCGUGACAAUAACGAACGCCCAGGAGAGCGAAGAUGAGAUCCAGAGAAAUAACCAGGAGAACGUCAUCAAAGAGAAUGGGGAAUCGUCAAAGGAGAUUCCGUCGGGUUCCACCGACCCCGCAGUGAACAUCGAGCAGGAGAUAGAGGCGGCACGAAAGCAGCUAGGGAUGUUGCGAGCGAGAAUGGAACGGCGCAACAUUAGGGUCAGCAAAGUCGCCGAAACGUUCGUGUCGUACUGCGAGCAGUAUGCGGAGUACGACGCGUUCCUGACGCCCCCGGAGUGGCCCAACCCCUGGAUCAACUACACCACCGAGCUGUGGGAGCAGGAGAAGCAAUCCAAGGACCCCUUACCGUUGCGGCGGGUCCGCCGCUGGUCGUUCGGGCUGCACGAGCUGCUGCAGGAUCCGGCCGGGAAGGAGCACUUCGCGAAGUUUCUCUCCAAAGAGUUCAGCGGCGAGAAUCUCAAGUUCUGGCUGGCGGUGCAGGACCUGAAGGCGCUGCCCAUCCGCUGCGUGGCGGCGCGCGCCCGCGACAUCUGGAAGGAGUUCCUCGCCGCGGACGCGCCCUCGCCCAUCAACAUCGACGCGGCCAGCAGGGAACUGACCCGCGUGCAGGUCGAGUCGGGCACGGCUGACCGGUACUGCUUCGAUCAGGCGCAGGCUCACGUGUAUCACCUAAUGAAGUCCGAUAGCUACUCGAGAUACAUCCGAUCGGAAAUGUACAAGGAGUACAUGAAUGGCUCCAAGAAGAAGACUUCAGUCAAAGGGAUUCGUUCGAUUGUAUCGUUCACGGCGCGGAAGGAGGCGACGGCCACAUAAAGAAUCAAUUGUGUCAGAGAAAUCUAUGUUCGUGUGAGGAACCCAAAUAUGUGGUAUCGUAAUUUGGGAUCCCCAUGGGGAGCCAGCCCCAUGCGCUGGACUGAUCAAGUGAAUAUCCUCACCCAAAACCCCACUUAACGACUGCGUGUGCCAGGUCUCAGUUCGCGAACUAUGGAGAAAAAGCUUUCAAGGCUUUAAUAAUUAUUUAUUAAAGCUCCACAUGAUCAUGACUGCUGUGACAAAAGCAUCCGUCUAUGAUGAAAUUGGGAUCUUUGUUUAAAUCGGCUUUGCUGACGAAUAAUUUCUAUGGGGUGAUCCUAAAUCAAUCCCAACAGGUUGUUGCAAGCACUCCAGCGCCAUCUGUCGUUCGAGCCAGCGAACUUGAAUCACCACAGUUAUCCAGAUCGAACGAAAUUUUGGCUGCGGCUAUAUUUAAAUGUUUCUUGUGGCGAUUUUUAGUGUCAUUAAGCCAUGUUCACUGCUAGACUGAAAACUGCGGGUAGAUUAGGAGCAGAUUUCUGUCUAGAUCCAGUUUAGAGAGAGGCUAAGAUAGAUUUAGUAUAUCUAGACUCGAAGUUGAGUCUCCAUGAAAAAGUUCCAAUACCCACCCGGGCUAGUUUUAAAUCCAAUGAAAGUUAUGUUAUUUAUAUGUAGAGUGCAAUGGAAUCCUGAAAUUAUAAUUAAAGACUGCGCAUGAAACAAUGUUGAUAUUGUUAAUAAUUUUAUUCACGCAAAAAAAAAAUUGCAUUGCAUUUAGAAAUUAAUUGAUACGCGGGGUCGUUGACCUCGUGCAAACAGGGAACUACCCUCUCUAAUUCGCAUUGCAUUCCUUUUAUGAUAAGGUCGUAUAUUGAGGCCUCGUUGAGGGAGUGUUUCGUAGUGAGUAUUAGUAUUGAUCGCUAUGGUGGUGGAAGACUGUAUUGAGCUCACACGGGUAUGAACCACCACCCAGUCUAGUUCAGCCGCGAAGUCAUUAAAGUUACAUUUUGGGGAAUUAGAUUGGUUAGAUGCUACUGACAUUAUUUAAAAUUCUUUCAAAAACCCUCGACCUGCUCCUAAGUACUGGUCUAAAGGGAAGCUGCUUCGUCUGCUGACGUUAGAUGGAUCUCGUGUUAUAUUGGAAAUUCUUUUCCCUUCGUGUCGGUAUCUUCAUAUCUGAAGGUCGUGUCUAAUUUGAAGUCUGCUCUCUGACUCAUCCUGUGAGGUUGGGCGCUUCAGGUAUAGGCGAGUGACGCGACCCAGCGUUGGAAACUAAACGUUACGUCAAUGUGAAUAGAGUCUAAUUUUAAUUAGUUUUAAGAAUAUACCAAAGAUCGGCUCGACUUCAAGGAAGCCGCCAAAAGCUUUUUGGUCGUCUUUAAAUAUUUGAACAUAUAUUUAAACAAAUAUAUUUAUAUAAAUAAAAUAAAAGUCGUAUUCUGGUAUUUCUUAGGUCAUUAUCGCGACGGUGUACUUUUACGGUUUAAUAUGACGUUAUAACCGACAUAAACAAAAAAGAGAGGUUCUGAGUUCAGCUGCUUUUUUUAAUGUGUGCUCUACCUCAGAGCGUUUCUCUGGGUGAAUUUAUAU